AGUCGAUGUCCAUGGUGCUGACAGGUGAAGUUCAAUGAGAGGGCAACGUUACUUAUAAUUUAUUUUAUUUUACUCUUCUACUUCAAGAUCCCAGAUAUCCAUUUAAUUAAACAUGACCCGAAGGGAAUCACCAUGCACCGCUGACUUCUCUGCAGACAGGCCAGCAGCCUCUCAGCUGAAGCAGGGGGAAACAGGCACCAUGGGCUCUAUGGAGAUGGAGUCAGAGGCUGCCAAGGAUGGAUUCUGGAUUAUACCAACUUCUUUCACCUACAAAGAACAUUAGGAUUCCGCAGUUCAAUCAUGGACUACUUUUUGCCAUCCUUUUUAAAUGAGUAUAUAGUUUGUUCAUUCAGCUGUGUUAUCUUGGAGUUUUUCUAUGUCACAUUUUCUCUUUUGGAUCCUGGAUUCUUUUAUUAAGCUGUAUUUAUGGUCUUAAACUGGUUUUAGUGAAGAUCAGGGUUGUUACCUACAGCUUUGUAAGUGGCUUGCCCCAGUGGGGACCAACUCCAGCAUUUUAGCAUCCACUUUGGAGCAGCAAAAAAUCCAGUUCCCCACCACACUUGUCUCCCACCUCCUUUCUCCAAAUCCCAGGCUGCACCUCUUCCAUCCUGACAGCACAGUCCAGAAAUCCUCCUGUCUGGAUGACUAAGGGAAGAAGUGCCAGACACAUAGCAUGGCUCACUCCUUACACCCCUCUGGCUGGAGGGAGAUGACAAAUGGAGGAGGGCACCCCCACUUCAACAAUGGAGGCCAGAGCGGGGGUCCCCACAGCAACACACGCUACAUGCUGAAGAAACAGCACCGCCACAGACACAGGUCCUGCUCACCAAUGGGAAGGGUCAUUCUCAUCAAUGCACCUGUUGAUGGAGGAGAUGAGAGUGAAGACAUUCACACAGUGACAGUAGAUAAGAGUCCAGAUGGGCGUCUGGGUUUCAGUGUCCGCGGGGGCUCCGAACACGGACUCGGCAUAUUUGUCAGCAAGGUGGAGGACGACAGCUCUGCAGCGCAGGCUGGGCUGACUGUGGGUGAUAAGCUGGUGGAGGUGAAUGGCGUCAGCCUGGAGAGCAUCACCAUGAGCAGCGCUGUGAAGGUCCUGACGGGCAACAACAGGCUGAGGAUGGUGGUGAGACGGGUGGGCAAGAUUCCCGGCAUCCGUUACUCCAAGGAGAAGACCACAUGGGUGGAUCUGAUUCACCGGCGGAUGGUGGUGGAGGAGAGCGGUCGCACACCGUCAGAGGCCAGCUCAGACAGCGCUCUCCGCAGAAUCGUGCAUCUCUUCACCACGUCAGAUGACUACUGUCUGGGCUUUAACAUAAGAGGAGGCAAAGAGUUUGGACUGGGAAUUUAUGUUUCUAAGUUGGACCCAGGUGGGCUUGCAGAACAGCAUGGCAUCAAAAUGGGUGAUCAAAUCCUUGCAGCCAACGGGGUCAGCUUUGAUGACAUCACCCAUAGCAAUGCAGUCGAGGUCCUGAAGAGCCACACCCAUGUCAUGUUGACCAUCAGGACUCCCAUCAUUGGCCUAUGGUAA